GAUGAUAAAGGUCCAUUCAUUGUCCAAGUUUCCCGGGAAGUAGAGGACCCAUCUUCUGGAGCCUCGUUACGUGCUAUUACAUUCGGUCAGUUUAUGCAUAAGCACAAAAUUAGUUCUACCAUACACGGUGGUGUAAAAAAUGUAGGCCGUAAUAAAAUUACCGUUGAGUUCUCUUCUGCUGAAGCUGCCAACAACUUUCUGGUUAACCCGAUUCUCGCUAUGUGCAAGUUUAAAACUAUUAUCCCUUCUUAUAACAUAACCAGAAUGGGGUUGGUCAAAGGUGUACCGGUAGACUGGUUAAUGGACGAACUCGUUGAUUCAUUAGAGCUUCCUCCUGGAUGUGGUGAGCUAUUAAAGUCAAGGCGACUGAACCGAAAAUCAGUUACUGAGGGUGUCACCACCUGGGUGCCUACCCAAUCUGUUGUCCUUACCUUCAGGGGACAAAUGCUCCCUUCUAAGAUUUACUCUUACCACACUUCCCUCCCUGUCGAAACCUACAAACUUCCAACCAUACAAUGCCUGAACUGCUGCCGUUUUGGUCAUAUCAAAUCGGUCUGCCGAUCUAAGCCCAGAUGUUACAGGUGUGCUCAGCCCCAUACAGGUGAUACGUGCGAAGUCACCUUAGAAACAUCCACAUGUCUACAUUGCUCAGGUAUCCCAGGAAACGAGACUGCUGAUUCAUGUGCCAAAGCAGCUGUUGAGUCAGGUUCUCUAGAUCAUUUUAAAAAUUCAGCUCAGGAUCUUUGUUCUCUUGCAAAGAUAUAUCUGGACAGAACCUGGAAGACAUUUUGGAAUGACUCCAAAUCGGUUAAGGGUAAGUUUUAUGCUUCCAUCCAACCAAACAUACCAAGACAACACUGGUUUUGUUAUUAUCGAAAUGCAAAUCGCUGGAUUACAUCCACAAUCUCGCGUCUGCGUCUUGGACAUGCUUGCACCCCUGUUCAUCUAGCCAAGCUCCGGAUAAGGGAUCACUCUAUCUGUGAGUGUGGCUUGGAUGAAGGCACUGUAUCUCACAUACUAUUUAAUUGUCCCAAACUAACUUAUCCUCUUUAUGACAUUCUUCCCCCUAAAGUGCCACGUCCUUUAAGUGUUAAAUCAAAAUAG